AUGCAGGGGGGCCAGCAGAUGUUUGAGGGUCCGUGGAUGUUCCGGAGCGUUCUCUGCCUGCUGGCCGCCGGCGUGGCGUUACCGACCGAAGCCCGCUGGCCGUGCCCGCCGCCCUGCUACUGCGGCGCCCCGCUGCCGGAGGUCAACUGCUCGGGCGGCCGGCUCGCCGCCGUGCCCGCCGCCGUCCCCAAAGAGGCCACGCUUUUGAACUUGUCCCGCAACUCCAUCAAGACUCUGCCGCGUCAGCAGUUCCGCGCCCUGACGCAGCUGUUGCACUUGGAUUUGAGCGACAACCUCCUGGUUUUGGUCGAGGCGGAGGCCUUCCUCGGCAUGCAGAGCCUGCUGACCCUCAACGUCUCCCGCAACCAGCUGAAGAUCAUCCCUGUCGGGGCGUUUGCCGGUUUGACGAGUCUCCGGUUCCUCGACGUAAGCGGCAACCAGAUCCUUGUGUUCCUGGACUUUACCUUCAGCGACUUGGCAGCGUUGCAGUUCUUCACGGCGGCGGACAACGACUUGGUUUUCGUCGCUCACCAGGCUUUCGCUGGGCUGACCACUCUACAGGAGCUGCACCUGGACGGCUGCAACCUCACUGUGGUGCCGACGGAGGCACUUUCCCAGCUCAGUGUGCUGAGAGGCCUUCACUUUCAUCGUCUGGGCCUCACCACGCUGCCAAACUAUUCUCUCCAUCAUCUGGUGCACCUCAAGGACCUCAGAAUUUCUCACUGCCCCAGGCUUGAGGCUCUGUUGGGGAACAGUCUCUUUGGGCUUAAUCUCACAUCCUUGACAAUUAAGUACUGCAACCUGAACGGUGUGCCCUACAUCCCUUUACAUCACCUAGUCUAUCUUGAAUUCCUUGAUCUUUCUUUCAAUCCCAUCACUUACAUUCACGGGAACCUGCUCGGGGAUUUGCUCCGGCUCCAAGAGUUCCACCUCGUCGGUGCGUCGUUAGUGCGUAUUGAAAUCGGAGCAUUCAAAGGUUUGGCGCAUUUAAAACUGCUGAACGUGUCAAGGAACCUUCUCACCACGCUUGAGGCGGGAUCUUUUGAUUCGGUGCAAACCCUCAGAAGCCUGGGGCUCGAUGGGAACCCACUGGCCUGUGACUGCCGUUUGCUUUGGAUACUGCGAAAGCGGCUGCGCUUGGACUUCGGCGGGAACCCGCCGACUUGCACUACCUCGGCCGAGCUUCAGGGCUGGGACUUUCUGGACUUUUCCGAGGACGAGCUCCCGAAUCUGCUCACCUGCCGACAGCCUCGCAUCCUGAGAGGCAGACUCCAAGACGUGAGGGUGGAUCAAGGACACACCGUGUUGUUUUACUGCAGUUCGGAAGGAGACCCCCGGCCAUCUGUUCGCUGGUUAAACCCCCGGCUGAAAUAUGUCCCGUCCGUCGGUAGAAUACGAACUCUCUCCAAUGGAUCGUUGGAGGUCCGCUAUGCCCAGCCUCACGACAGCGGUACUUACGUCUGCGUGGCGUCAAACGCUGCGGGAAACGACAGCCUGCCCGUCAGUCUUUAUGUCCGAGCCUUCUCGCUGUCUUCUAAAAACAACUUUCUCCCUCAAGGCUGGUCCGCCUUUCCGUCCGACUCGCCGAGCUUAAACGGAAACCAGAAAUUGCAAUUCGACGUCAAAACACUGCUUAUCGCCGCGACCAUCGGGUUCCUUUCGUUUUUCAGCUCGGUGACCGUGUGUUUCGUGUUCAUGUUUUUCUGGAGUAAGAGCAAAGGCCAAAUCAAGCACACAGCCACCAUCGCGUACGUGCCACGAAGCACCAUGUCUAAGAGCAACGGGGCGACGGGCAACUACAUGGAGACGAGCAGAUUCACCAUGAAACUGAUAUGA